GAUGGUGGGUGGAGGGCAGUGAGGUGGUCUGGGUGAUGGUGGAGGGGCUGGUGUUCCGUGGCCGGGGCCCCGACAACAUGAAGGUGGAGGCAGGCUCCCUCAGCAUCCCGCUCCCCUCCCCACCGCUCCCCCCGCGAGCCUCCCGCCUCGUCUGCCUCGUCGCCGCCAUCCUCGCCUUCCUGCUGGGCGUCGCCGUCGGUGUCACCUUACCCCUGGUGCUGGCCAGGUCGCCCAUCUCUGCGCCACUCGCCCUCCCUCAACAGCAGCAGCAGGUGGAGGAUGUGGUGGAGGGCGCCAGUAUGGUGGUGGAGGGCGGCCAGGGGAUCACGCCGCCGCUACACACCUGGGCGCCGCCCGUCGCCAACAGCCACACCCCAGGUGGCUCCACCUCCAGCAGCGUCACCGUCGACAGCGUCGUUGUCAACCAGACAAGGUGGGGAGGGCUGGACCAUGAUGCUCCGGACGUGGAGGAGGGGGCGGCGCUGCUGGUGGACGAGGUGUACUGGGGCGCCGCCGUGGAGGCUGCCCUCCCUAAGGGUUUCCCUGACCAUGAAGUGGAUGACUGGCGCAAAUUCACGCGGCGCCAGGCAGUGGUGCGCCUUCAGGAGGGCUGCGGUCGAAUGCAGAAUCGCCUAUUGACCUUCGAGAAUGGGACACAGUCUUGCUGUCGCUACCGCCAGAACUACGACCAGAUUCAAGGCGAGAUCUUCAGCUUCUACCUUAGCCGCCUGCUGGGCCUGACUAACGUGCCACCCUCUGCCCUGGGCGUAGUGCGAGCGGGGGCGUGGCAGUGGGCGGGUGUGGGGGGCCAGCUGGCUCUGGCACAGUGGGCGGAAGAAAGGCCGGUGGUUAUGACCCGAUUUGUGGAGGGCCUGGCGCCUGCCUUCAUCCCCACGCCCCUCAGGUCGUCCCGGCGCCGCCUCCACCCCCUGGACGUGGAGGAGCGCGACCCGCGGGACUUGGCCGCCCUGGCCGAGCUAGCCCAGUGGUCUGACCUCAUCAUUUUUGACUACCUGACGGCCAACCUGGACCGCGUGGUCAACAACCUUUACAACAUGCAGUGGAACCCCAGCAUGAUGGAGGCGCCCGCCCACAACCUGGCCCGCCACGCUGCCUCUGGCCUCCUCGUGUUUCUGGACAACGAGUCUGGGCUCCUGCACGGGUAUCGUCUCCUCGACAAGUACGAGACUUUCCACGCCUCCCUCCUGCAGGCGCUCUGCGUCUUUCGGCGAUCGACGGCGGAGAAGAUACGGCAGCUUGUAGCCAGCCGUGACGUAGGCCAGCGCCUGCGAAAAAUGUUCGGACGGCACGAGCCCGAUCUACAAGACGUCCUCCCCCCCAUUCCCGACAAGUCGGUGAAGAUCCUGAACGAGCGGCUCCAGAGUGUACACAAACAGAUAUCAAAGUGUGAAAAAAUGUACAUGAACUCGUGAGCCCGGCUACACCACACCAGCCUACGCCAAGCCAAAAAUAGGUGUCGGUAACGGCCGCGCCUUCCUGGCCUGUGAUAUUGUGGUGGGCGUCGGCUCCCACGCCCGCCACGCCCACGGUGUCCUCCGGCCGGGCGUGCCCAUGGCCUCCCGGGGAGCACCUCGCCUCGCCUCGCCCGGCUUCCACACGCCUGCCUAAAUAUACAGGACACAUCAGGCUGAGGUGCGCGUGUUAUAGUGUGGACGUGCGGGUGACACCGCUGUGUGUGUCUCUGCUGACGUCACGGAUGUGUACGUGUCCUUACUGAAGUCAUAUACACCUAUCACAAUUAGCAAUACUGAUCCCACGCACGUGUACAUGUGUUCGCCAUCCGUCAAGUGCGUGUGUACGUGUACAAUAAGACCUACGAGUGUACACACAUCUAGUGAGGUCCUGAACGUAAAUGCGUAUCGGUGAUGACGUCAUGCGUGUGUGUGUGUGUGUUGGUAGUGACGUCACGGCUUUAAUACUAAAUGGUGUAGACUGCUGAAGACUGGAGUGUGGUGGCCAGUGAUGUGAACCUCCAGGGCCACACACCACACUACCUCACACCUCCACCAACCCAAGAAAAACAAAACAAAUCAGUCUUGGCCGCCAGAAAUAAAGAAAAGAAUAUCCCGGGUUGUCAUCAUCGGAGUGUCAGGAGAGCUGUGGAAAGCCUCUGUGUGUGUGUGUGUUGAUUGGUUGCCAUCUUGCCCACGAGACGGUCCAGCUCUGAUACUCAGCUCUUCUCAUAUUUGAUCUGUGUUAUGUAACCCUCCACGACUCAAGGGUCCAUCUCGUCAGGACUUCACAGUGUUUAAAAUAUCUGUCUGGUGGUCAUUUUAUUUGUCUUUGUUUAGAGGAACUAGUCCGUAACGAGGUGUGGUGCAGGCUCUCUACCUGUAAAAAUGGAGUAUUGAAACAGUCAGGAUGUGUUGUGAUGUGUUGUUUCGUACGGCGGGUGUGUGCGUGUGUGUGGACCACCUCAGGCCCUCAAAUUCAAGGCGGGAACAGCUUAUUGACAAGUUUGGCCCAGUAUAGUUUAAACCCUGUCCUUCAAACGUCUCUUUUUCCUCUCUCCUUUCCACACACAACUAACACCGGGAUUGUCAGUCAGUCUUUUUACCAAAGAAAUUUCAACAAUGUUCCACGAGUCGGUUUAUAUUU